UUACGGUGAUACACGUCACUAAAACAAGCUUAUAGACCAAUCAGUGAAACUCCCCAAACAAUUUUUCAUUUCAAUCUACACAUAAAAAAAUCCAGAUGGAUUAAACGAAGCAUAAUUCAGAAUAAUUUGAGAAACUGAGCCAAAGCGGCGGCAAGGAACGCAACUUGACAGGUUCAAGUUCCUUUAAUUUAGAAAGGCGAGAGGUGGCGAUCGUGACGUGGCUCUGACAGCGCCUGCGCAAACUGCGGCAGCAGACGUUGAUUUUACUGUGGGUUGUGAUUAAUUAAUAUUGUUGACGUCUUCUGUUGAUAUUUCCCCCCCGGUGUGCAACUGUUGAAGUUGUGGUGUUUAGGGAAGUGGGAGCGGAGCUAUGCAUCCGUCACAGCCACUGAUGCCUCCCAGUUCAAGACCACCUGGAGGACCACCAGGUGGUUUUGGAGGGAGUGGACCAAAUAUGCACCCUAUGAGACCUGUUGGAAUGAUGCCUGGUGGCCCCAAUGCACCACCACCUCUUGGAGGACUCCCACAACAGAUGGAAAGAAUGAACAUAAAUUCUGCACCUCCACCAGCAGGCGGGGCACUGAAAAACCCCUAUGGACCUGGUGUUAGUUCCGGUACAAUCUCUAAUGGUCUUCCUUCUAGUGUUCCAAAUGGACCAUCAUUCACUCAGUCACCUUCUCCCAGACCAGGUUUACCUGGUGGACCAUUAUCAAAACCAAUGGGCCCUCCAGGCGGACCACCCAUGGGCCCUCCAGGCGGACCACCCAUGGGCCCUCCAGGCGGACCACACAUGGGCCCUCCAGGCGGACCACACAUGGGCCCUCCAGGAGGACCUCCCAUGGGCUCUCCAAGGCUUCCCAUGGGUGCACCUAGUGGACCUCUUGUAGGCCCACCUGGGGGACCACCCAUGGGCCAACCCGGAGGACCACCCAUGGGCCAACCCGGAGGGCCACCCAUGGGCCAACCCGGAGGGCCACCCAUGGGCCAACCCGGAGGGCCACCCAUGGGCCAACCCGGAGGGCCACCCAUGGGCCAACCCGGAGGGGCCACCCAUGGGCCAACCCGGAGGGGCACCCACGGGUCCACCUGGAGGACCUCCUACAGGCCCACCAGGAGGACAGCCUAUUGGUCCACCAGGGUUACCUCCCAUGGGCCCACCGUGGACCUUCAAUGGGCCCCACCUGGAGUACCACCAAUGAGCCUUGCGGGGGGACAGCCUGCAGGUCUUUCACCUAGACCACCUGGUGUACCACCUGGUGGCCCUUCAGUGGGUCUCUCUCCUGCACCCUCUCAAGGGCCUUUAACCAACCUGCCGCCCUCCUCAAGUGCAGCAGGACCAUAUGGACAACAGAGUUACCCUUCUCAGUCUAUGCCAGGAGCUCCAGGAAUGGGAUUAGGGCCCCCUAGUUUAGGCCAACAGCAAGGCAUGACCCCAGGUACUGGUGUGGGACCACCCCCAGGCCCAGGAGCAAUGCCACGACCCAGUCUUCCACCACCAGGACCCAGGCCUGGUAUGGGUUCAGGCCCUGUUGGUGGGCCACCUAUAAAUGGAACUGGUGGAAUGCAAGCUAGAUAUCCAGGUGGAGGUGUUAGUGGGCCAACUGCAGGUGCUGGUUAUCCUGGAGCACCCCAGGGCCCUCGACGUCUCAAUCCUGAUGACAUGCCCAGUCCAUUACAAGUCAUGGAUGAAGAUAGCCGACUGAGAAGUGGUGAAUUCAUUACUAAUAUGAAAGGCCAAGUUCCACCACUUGUCACGACUGAUUUUACAGUUAGAGAUGGUGGUAACGCCUCCCCACAUUAUAUACGUUCAACAAUGUACAGCAUCCCCCACACUCCAGAUAUGAUAAAGCAAACAAGUGUUCCAUUUAGUCUUAUUUUGAGUCCACUAGCAGAAAUCCCACCCACUGAUAACCCACUGUAUAUUGGUACAAGUUUAGAAAGUGGACCUGUUCGAUGCAACAGAUGCAAGGGAUACAUGAGCCCACUUAUGCAGUUCAUGGAUGGAGGACAAAAAUACCAGUGUAAACUCUGCCGUGGUAUAAUUGAAGUACCUAAGGAAUACUUUUGCCACAUGGAUGGACAGGGAUCCCGUGCAGACAGAUAUCAACGAGCAGAAUUAUGUUGCGGUGCUUAUGAAUAUAUUGCUACUUCUGAUUAUUGCAGGGGAAAGGAGUUGCCUAAGGAACCUGCCUUCAUUUUUAUACUUGAAAUGAGCCAACUGAUGAUGCAAAGGGGAGUCAUUCCAUUGCUGUGCCAGAACAUGAAAGACAUCUUGGCACAUCUUCCACGAGAUAACAUCAACGGUGUUCAGUCUCCUGAGGCAAACAUCAAAGUGGGUUUCAUCACAUACGACAGUAAUGUCCAUUUCUACAAGUUAGAUGGCCAGGCUCCUGAAAUGUGUGUUAUGUGUGAUCGUGAUGAAAUGUUUGUACCCUUGUCGGGAGGUAUCUUGUGUGAUGCAAAAGAAGCGGCCGAAAAUAUUGAUAAGCUCAUGGAAACUAUACCUGAGAAUUUCAUGGCCACUCGAGAAACUUCGGGUGCAAUAGGUUGUGCGAUACGUGCUGGUAUGGAGGCCUUGAAAGCUUCGGGACGAGUAGGAAAGAUGUUUGUAUUUCAUUCAUCGCUACCCACGGGAGGAGGAAUUGGUAGCCUCAAAAUGAGGGAAGAUAGAAAACUUUUAGGAACAGAAAAGGAGAAAGGUAUCUUGACUCCUCAAACAACCUUCUACAAUAACUUAGGCCAAGAUUUGGUUGCAGUCGGUGGCUCAGUGGAUUUAUAUGUAUUCAAUGAUAGUUACGUUGAUCUUGCAUCAAUGGGACAAGUAUGCAGAUUAACUGGGGGACAAGUUUACAAAUAUGCAUUCUUCCAGUCAAAUAGAGAUGGUACACGCUUAUUGGAAGACCUCAAAAUAAACGUAAGUCGUAAUAUUGCCUUCGAUGCUGUCAUGCGAGUAAGAACUUCUCAAGGAGUCAGACCAGUGGAAUUCUUUGGCCAUUUCUUCAUGUCCAAUACAACUGAUAUUGAACUGGCAAGCAUAGAUUCAAGUAAAGCAAUUGGUGUUGAAAUAAAACAUGAUGACAAAUUGACAGAUGAAGAUGGUGUAUAUAUACAAGCUGCUCUUCUCUAUACUUCAUGUAGUGGACAAAGAAGGCUGCGAAUAUUAAAUCUGGCUUUAAGUGUGUGUACGCAAAUGGCAGACCUAUACAAAAAUUGUGAUUUAGAUACACUAAUGAACUACUUCGGGAAACAGUCCGUUUCCAGGCUGUUGGAAUCUAAUGCAAAACAGGUGAAAGAAAAUCUAAUAUCUAAGACAGCCAAUAUCCUGGCUUGUUAUCGUAAAAACUGUGCCUCUCCAUCAUCUGCUGGUCAGCUGAUUUUGCCUGAGAUGAUGAAACUGUUGCCAUUAUACAUUAACUGCCUUAAUAGAUGUGAUGCCAUUAGUGGCGGUCAAGAUAUAACCUGUGAUGAACGGUCACUGCAAAUGUAUUUACUCUCCUCCAUGACAAUAGAUGCAUCAGUAGUUUAUUUCUAUCCCAGGCUUAUUCCUAUUUCGGAUGAUGACCCACAGAAUACUGGAAUUCCAGUCCCGUUACGAGCAUCUUAUGAAAAGCUUCGUGCUGAUGGAGUUUUCCUUUUGGAGAAUGGUUUGCAGAUGUUUAUAUGGGUAGGGACAAAUACUAACCCAGACUGGUUAAAUGAUGUGUUUGGGGUGAAUGCACCACAUCAGUUGGAUCCUGUUAUGGCCGAGUUACCUGAAAGGGACAAUCCCACAUCCAUUAGUGUUCGGGGAAUUAUAUCCAAUAUCAGAGCUCAGAGGAGAAGACAUGUGCGGAUGUAUGUAGUUCUUCAGCAGAGCAAGCAUGAGAUGGUUAUGCGCAACUUUUUGGUAGAAGACAAAUCUAUGUAUGGCGCUCCAAGUUACGUUGACUUUUUGUGCCACGUGCACAAGGAGAUCAGAGCUCUUCUAUCCUGAGAUAGAAUUGAGCACUACCCAUGCUCACCAUCGACACCAGGGCCAUCCCCAACUGCCAUCAAACCUUCCUACCACCUUUCCAGUAGCCAGAAUUCCAAUUGGGAUUAUGCUAGUGUUCCCACAACAACUAAAAAGGUUUCCCUGGCCUUUGUAGGUAAUAGCCACCAAAAUGAUGUAGCCCCUUCUCAAUGUCUUGAAAAUAUACCACAGCACCCUAAGGCCUCUCAGGCACCUCCAAAUAAGCCAAGUAGUGAGUCAUCCUGUGAUAAUACUCUACCCUUGCUUUUUCUAAGAAACGAUGCCAGGUGUUCGUCAUCAGGUACUACUAAGGUAGCUGGAGAGGAGAGCAUGACAAAGACUACUCAGAAAAUUAUGUAUCCUCAAGUAGCUCAAACUUUGAAAAAUUGGCAUUAACUGGUUUGGAAUAUAGGUGAAGUAAUUUAACUUUUAUAUUGAUUGUAUUUUAAUAAUUGUAUCUCAAAGUGGAUAGUUUGGUACUGCUGUUGCUGAAGUAUUUAAGUCAUGUUGGAAAAAGUCAAUUUUUAAGAACUGAGCUGUCGUGCAUCCAUCCAUAAAUGGGUAGUGCUAUUUUACUAAGUCCUCUUUUGUUACAGGGAAUUAAUUCAAGUCAUGUGAGGGAGGGAGGAUUUCUACAUACUUUCAUAGUGGUGUGCUGGGAUUGGGGCGUAGGUAGGGUAAUCCUAUGUGCCCUAACCAUUUUUCAUAAAUAUAUAGCUAUGAGAAAAUAUUUAUUUUUAUUAAAACUUAAUACUUAAAUCAUUCAUGUAUUGCUUUUUUAAUGAACAAUUUUAUGUAUAUUCAUAGGUAGACAUUUAUUAUUAAGGCUUAAGAUACUGCAUUUAUAUUUAGGACAAAGUGUAAAGUACUAUAUUUGAAAUACUGUAUGUAUCUUUCAUUGAUGAAAACAAUUACACCAUAUUUGGUUGGGAUUUGGUUCUUCAAGAGAAAUAAAUCAGUGGGUCUUUAGUUUUGCAAUGAGAUUGCUAUAUAUAUAUAUAUAUUACCUUUGUUACAUACUGUCAUAGUUGGCUAAAUGCAAUAUGUAUUGGUGUUAAGUUUAUUCAGAGUUGAAAUACAUUGUUAUGAUCAGUU